AUGGCUAACUUUUCAUGUUUCCCGAUGAAUGUCACACCUCCUUCUUUUCUUUUGGCUUUCGGUUCAUCGCGAUAUGGACAGCCGGCGGUGAAUCUGUCUGUCGGUAUUCAGGGUCGAGAAAAGAGUCGAUGGCACUGGCCAAGCGUCAACCUGCAUGUUAGCUGCUGUUUGGGUUUUGGGGGUCAAAAGACCACUCACCUUCUCAGAUAUCAGUCUGCUCGCCCAAUAUCAAUCAAUACAGCCUCCUACCCCUUAAACUCGGAUCACACCUGGUUUCUCCUGCAGCAAUCUGUUCCCGAAGCAGUGGAAACGGACCCCAAACUCUCACAACAUCGGCAGCAGCAGCAGCAGGCUCUUUAUUGUGAAAACCCGACACAGUGGAAUCUGGGCGGGAAAGAGGCAGGGUCGGAGCAGAUCAACACCGUCGGACUUCAUUGGCGUGCAUUCCUUGGGUCGUUGUUGUCGUUGUCUGUCAGUCCCGCCAGUCUGUCCGCAUGUUUUGAGGAAGCCCGUUGUACAAAAAACCCCGCCGCUACUUGGGUUUGUAAGGUCAAUCGCAUAUAUCCAUGGCGUCGAGAGCAUGCAUCUACGGGAUUCACGCCCUGCAGGGCCGUCGCGGUGGUCGCUCCUAUUAGCACAUCAGCACAUUAG